UCAAGUCGAGUUGCAGUGAUAAAACACUUUAUUUAUAUUGUGAUCUUUCAAUUCUGUUGUCGCUGAAUAUAUUAUAUACAAAGGUCAGGAAGAUACUUCACAGGUAUUCACAGGAUUUCAAGUCGAGUUGUAGUGAAACACUUUAUUUAAUUAUAUUGUGGUCUUUUAAUUCUGGCGCCGCUGAAAAUAUUGUAUACAAAGGUCAGCAUUCGGAAGAUACUUUACAGGUAUUCAUAGAUAUAACAUUUGAUAUGGAUCGAAAACGUCAAAGAAAAGAUACCUUACAUGUAUCUAAGCGACAUCUUAGAAGAUUAGCAGCACAACAGGCAGAUUUUAUAUGUAAAAACAUAUUUCAGAAUAUUUCAUUGUCGCGUAAUGACAGUAAAUGCACAAGAAAUAUUGAUAGAAAUAAAGAAGUAAAUAUUGAUAGAAAUCAAGACAUAAAUAAUUCUACAAUAGAUAUUGAGAAUAUGGAAUUUGACAAUGUCGAUUUUGUACAACGUGAAAAUAAUAUAUUUGUACAACAUGAAAAUAAUAAUAUAUUUGUACAACAUGAAAACAGACAAUCUGACAAUGAGUCGGAAUCACAACAAUCAUCUUUUAACGUUUCUCGUGAUGAAUUAAGCGAUGUAGCAUCUGAACAUGAAAGUAAUUUUCAAGAUGAUCUUUCAUUCUGGGCUAUAGAGCAUCAAAUAACACAUACCUCUUUAAGAGCAUUGUUAUUAUUAUUACGGAAACAUCCUUGUUUUUCUACACUCUCUUCGGAUGCACGAACAGUUUUAAAGACACCUAGACAUCAAGACAUCCGUACAGUUGUACCAGGUUUAUAUUAUCAUUUUGGUUUAGAAAAAUCGCUAAGACAAAUAUUUUCAAAGAAAGAUAAUAUUGAUUGCUUGACAAUAGCAAUAAACAUUGACGGAUUACCGUUAACAAAAUCAUCGCAACAACAGUUUUGGCCUAUACUUGGCUCAAUUAUUCCAUAUGAUAAUGUUUUUAUGAUUGGGCUUUAUCAAGGCAAUGAAAAACCUGAGGAUGUUAAUGAUUUCUUAAAAGAUUUUGUCAAUGAGGCUACAGAAAUAUGUCAGAAUGGUAUUAACAUCAAUGGUCAACAUAUUGCAUGUCGCAUUGGAGCCUUAAUUU